ACACAUUUCUGAAGUAAACCUGUCCUCCUGUCCUCGGGAGAGUGAGAGAAGCCACUGGAGAUAAAGAAAUACGGACGAAAAAUGCAUAUUUGUUUUGUUUUAUGCUCUUUCUCACUGUGACUUCACAUGAAAGCAAGCCUAAUCUAUAUCCAAGGUGAAACUGUUACAGUGUUGACCAUAGCGAUGGAGCCAGCAAGUCGAAAGGAAAAGCAAAAACAAAGAGAUUCCUCAACACGCGGUGACAGAGCAAAACAAAAGUCUGCCCAGCAGGAAUUAAAACAACGACAAAGAGCAGAGAUAUAUGCCUUGAACAAGGUGAUGACGGAGCUUGAGCAACAGCAGUUUGAGGCCUUUUGCAAGCGGAUGCAGUCACAAGGAGAAUGACAACCUGCCAAAACCUUUUAAACAGAACACUUUGCAAUGCCAGCAUUUACAUUUUUUAAACCUCAGACAAAUAUGUCAGUAUUGCCAUUUCCCAAAUGUUGGUAUUAAUGUUUGUUUCUGUGUUUUGUAUUUGGAAUAGUUCAGUUGAUCAAAUGGUGCUUUUUUUUCCCUGUGUUCAAUCAUGGAUCAGCAUUUGUUUACAGUGAGAGAGUUUUCUGUGUCACAGCUAUCUCUUUCGAGACAAGAGCUGUUCAAGACUAAUAUUGUUACAUUUCCUAAUUUAUUAUAUUUGGUAUGUUUUUAACAUUUUUAACUUCCGUGUUGAUUCCGUGUGAUUUUGUCUAUUGAAACAUAUGCCUUUACAUAAACAAUUAGUAGUUAUCUAAUCCUGAACAACCUUUGCAUAUUUUUAAUAUGUGUAUUUAAUGUACUUAAUAUAUUAAAAUGUGUUUUAAAUUUGUGCUAA